ACAGGUUCGGUCAAAGGUACUUUCAAAGGUCACGCAGGACCCGUUACUUCAAUCGCGAUAUAUGAUAUGGUCACGCCUCAAGGAUCACGAAAGCUUUUGAUUACCGGUUCUUGGGAUAAGACAGUGAAGGUUUGGGAUGUAGAAACUCAAAUCCAAUUUUCGUCAUCCGCUGCUCAUCAAGAUUUUGUUAAAUCUGUGGAGAUGAUCAAAGGUCUUGGACUAUUUGCAUCUGGAUCAACCGACCGAGACAUUCUGCUAUGGGAUAUCAAGACA